UCUUGUAUUCGUCACUCUUCAACCAAUGGAGUAAUCCCAAGCAACCACUCCAAAUUCCCAAUUCGCCAAGCCCUAAUUUUAAUUUAUCAAUUCUUUGUCAGACUGGUAAUAUAGUAUUGAUUUAUCUAGUCACGCGCCAUCACCACGCACUUCGAGUGCAGAUAGGAUUACUUCAUACAAUAUUGGAAGCUGACAAAGCUUGAUCGAUGUAAUCGCCCCACAUUUUGGUAUUUAAAUUGAAACCCCAUUCACCUAACAAGAAAUGUUGUCCAAAUUCCAAUUCUUGAAAGCAUCAGCCACAUUUUUUGCCCCCACACCUCCAAAGAGGCAUUCUUUCCACCAGAUUGUUUCGUUCAGGGCGAAGCUCGGAUCGCGGAUGGGGUCGGCUUCCUAUACGACGUCGUCUAAGUUGCUUUUCCGGCAGCUUUUUGAGAAGGAGUCUUCCACCUACACCUACCUUCUCGCCGAUGUUUCUCACCCGGAUAAACCGGCUCUGUUGGUAGACCCCGUGGACAAGACCGUGGAUAGGGAUGUGUCUCUUGUGAAAGAGUUGGGUUUGAAGCUUAUUUAUGCAAUCAACACUCAUGUACAUGCAGAUCAUGUCACUGGCACUGGCUUGCUGAAGAGUAAGGCUCCUGGUGUAAAAUCUAUCAUUUCAAAGGCAAGCCAAGCGAAAGCUGACCUUUUUGUUGAACCCGGUGACAAAAUCUGUUUUGGUGAUCUCUUUCUGGAGGUGCGUGCAACCCCUGGUCAUACGCAAGGUUGUGUUACUUACGUCACAGGUGAUGGGCCUGAUCAGCCUCAGCCAAGAAUGGCCUUUACCGGUGAUGCUUUAUUAAUUCGUGGAUGCGGCAGGACAGAUUUUCAGGGUGGAAGUUCCGAUCAGCUUUAUGACUCAGUUCAUUCUCAGAUCUUUACAUUGCCUAAAGAUACGUUUGUGUAUCCUGCUCAUGACUACAAGGGAUUCUCAGCGAGCACUGUCGGAGAGGAGAUGCAGUAUAAUGCCCGCCUCACGAAAGAUAAGGAAACAUUCAAAAACAUAAUGGCAAAUUUGAACUUGUCAUAUCCCAAAAUGAUAGACAUAGCCGUCCCUGCCAACAUGGUUUGUGGUUUGCAAGAUGUUGAAGCCAAAGUUGCCUUAUAAUUUGUGAAAUGAGUCUUGUAAUCUCUGUCUGAAGAUCAUUGUUGUGAAAAAAAUGCUGAAUAAAGUUAUGAUAUGAGACUGAAACAUGAAAUAUUUGUUGGAUUAUAUAACUACUUAUUCAUUCAAAAUAUUGAUUGUCAUCCCGAUUUAUAAUUUCA